AUGGUAUUUGCCACACUGAUUAGAAGGAAUAUCACAAGCAAACAAAGCCGACUUCUCCUCCAGAAUCUCUGCUACAACACAACGCCAAACAGGAUGGCCGCCAGAUAUCUCAAGCAGGAAGAAGCGCAAAAGAUCGACGAGGAGCUGUUCUCGACGUAUGGCUUCAAAGUGGAACAGCUGAUGGAAUUGGCCGGGCUGGCAUCUGCACAAGCUGCACAUCAUUGGGCCAAACAUCUGAACAAGGGAAAAGUGCUGAUCCUAUGCGGCCCGGGGAAUAAUGGGGGUGAUGGAUUCGUGUGUGCGCGUCAUCUACAAAUGUUUGGCCACACCCCAGUGAUCAUCUACCCAAAGGCCUCCCGAAAUGAAUUGAUGGGUCAACUGGUGAAACAAUGCAAAGGAAUGGAUAUUGAAGUCAAGGAAGGAUUGCCGGCCAAAAACGAACUCGAUCAAUAUUCAUUCGUUGUCGACGCUUUCUUCGGAUUCUCAUUCAAACCCCCUGUCCGCGAGCCAUUCGAUGAGAUGAUCCGUACAAUUCAACACAGCGGCCGGCCAAUAUUUUCGAUCGAUAUUCCAUCGGGUUGGGACGUGGAGAAGGGCCAUCCGAGUGAUGACACUCCUCAUUUCUCCCCAUCAGCCGUCAUCUCACUCACUACACCCAAAAUGUGUAUGGAAAAGUUUGAGGGUUCCCACUACUUGGGCGGUCGAUUCGUUCCGAAGAAGCUCAUCACCGACUACAAACUACAACUUCCCGAGUACCCAGGCACCGAUCAGUUUGUCAAACUU